AUGGCGAGGUCCGCCGCAGGUCGCAGCCCCCGGGCGGUGGGCAGGGAGCAGCCCCCGCACCGCAGGUACAUCGUCACCAACGACCACGUGAUAGGCGAGAACGCCUCGGGCCUCUCGGUGCACCUCGAGGACGACACCACCCUGCCCGCGGAGGUCGUCGGGCGCGACCCGCCGACGGACGUGGGCGUGCUGCGCAUCCCGGCGGUGGGCAGGGCGCUGCCCUCGGUGCCCCUCGGCGACUCGGGCAAGCUGCGGGUGGGGCAGCUGGUCGUGGCCGUGGGGAACCCGCUGGGCUUCGCCUCUUCGGUGAGCGCGGGCGUGGUGUCCGCGCUGGGCCGCUCGCUGAGGUCACAGUCCGGACGCCUCAUAGACAACAUCAUCCAGACCGACACCUCCAUCAACCCGGGCAACUCGGGCGGCCCCCUGGUGAGCUCCAGCGGCCAGGCCAUCGGCAUGAACACCGCCAUCAUCGCCGGCUCGCAGGGCAUCGCCUUCGCCGUGCCCUCCAACACGAUAUCCUUCGUGGUGUCGCAGAUCAUCCAGCACGGACGCGUGCAGCGCGGGUUCUUCGGCAUCGUCGGCGGGGUUCGCCCCGUCCCCCGCGCGCUGCAGCAGCGCCUGAACCUGAAGCUGCCCACGGUGGUCUACGUGCAGGGGCUCGUCCCCGAGGAGGGGGACCUCAUGUUCGAGGCCGCGGGCCAGGCGAUCGGCUCGAUGGACGACCUGUACCGCGUGCUGUCGCAGCGGCCCCCGUCGGCGCCGCUGCAGGUGUCCCUGCUGCGGGGGGGCAGGAUCGUGCGGCCGAUGGUGCAGGUGGAGGUCGACCGACCGCUGCUGCGAACCGGAGGCGGCGCCGCCGCCAGGCCUGGCCUGCCAGCGCCCAGGCCCCUGCGGCCGGUGGCGGGCGACGCGUGGCAGAGGUGGUGA